AAUCAAUUCAAUGAGUUGGUACAAAUCGGGUUCCAACCCCAAAAUCCAGGUCGAACUGACGCCACCAAAGACCGUCCCCUACGUCCAGGUGCCCAGUUCAUCGCCUGUUACCAUCAACACCUCGCCUUCGAAAGAAGCCGUCGAUUUACCCUCUAUCAAUGGACAUAAGGUUCUUGAUGAGGCCACUCAAAAAUCUUUAGAAAGUCGUCGUCAAGCCCUUAGAAACCAUAAGGAUUUCCCCAUGGUUAGGAAGCGGUUCUCCUAUCUCCCCGAAAGCGCCAUAUUCAAAGGAUUUGUCAAGGGGAGAGGUAACUUGCGAGAAAUCACCAAGUUCUUGACCGAAAAUUACAGUAAAGAUGAGAUUCUUCGUCGCCAGGAGAAGGAGAACACUGACAAACAAAAGCAAGAAGAGUGGGAAAGAAUUCAAAAAAACUCACAGAAACUCAUGAGAGAAUAUGAGCGUCUGGAAAUGUUAGAACAGGAAAAACAGCAAACAGAACCCCUUGUGGACGAUUCGAAUAGUAAUAAGAGACAACAUGAGUAUGACGAAGAGGAGUCGCCUAUCAAACUUAGAGGAAAGUCCAGACCCAAAGUGGUGGAGUCUCCUGUGAAACUGGAAGAAAUUCAGAGUACGAAGGUAGAACUCACGAGGCCUAAACUCUCCAUCCUCGAUAAGUAUAAGAAUAGAAAGCAAGUGAGCAUUUUGGACAUGAUGAGUCAAAAGAAGGAAAACCCACAAAAGAAGAAGAAACUCGUCAGGUUAUCCAGCUUGAAAGAUCGAGCCACUCCUGCUACUUCAACGUCUCCCUCACCAGAACCGGUUUCUUUGAAGUCGUUUAGUUUUAAUGAUUCGGGAUUGUCGUCGUUCAAGAAAUCUAUGGACGGGAAAGUGAUCAAAGUGUCGCUGCCCGAGGUAGACGAGUUGGAUGUUCUUGAAGAGAGGAUCAAGAACAAUAGAAAGAACCGGAAAACAAAGGCUUUUGAAGAAGUUUUGAGUGACGAUGACCUGAGCGAUGAUAUGUCUCAAGAAGAUGAGUAUGCAGAUGACUCUGGAUUGACGUCUAUGGAUUCCAGAGUGUUGGAGUUCUUGAACAAUGCCAGUCAGCAGGACAUCACCGAGAUUGGUAAUAUACCUCCCACCGUGAGUGAGUUGGUGAUUAAUAUGAGACCUUAUGACGAUAUCUAUGCGGUUUCGGAAGAGAAGUUCGAGCUUCCAAAAGAUUCCGAUGGUCAAGAAGAGGCUGACGAUGCUAAGACUAAGAAGAAACAAAGGGCCAAAAAGAAGCCUGUAGGACAGAAGCUUAUCGAAAGCAUCGAGGCCAACUUAAAGGGAUAUAGGGCUGUGGACUCUUUGGUGAAGAAGUGUUCGGAGUUUGGAGACCUUAUAUCCAAGCAGAUGGAAGCCUGGGGUGUAACUGUAACUGGUCAAGAUGGUGAAUUAGAAAUCGUGGACAUUCAACCCACGAAUGAAAUUAUUGAGAUCUCUGACGACGAUGAAAAGCCCAUUCAGACAGUGAAACAUCACAAGAAAUCUUUGGCAUAUAUUCACCAAGCACCAGAAACGUUCAAUGACGAGUUUGAGUUGAAAAACUAUCAACUUGUGGGUAUCAACUGGCUUAACUUAUUGUACACCAACCACUUGUCAUGUAUCUUAGCUGACGAAAUGGGUCUAGGCAAAACGUGCCAGGUCAUUGCAUUCAUGUCACAUUUGAAGUCCAGCAACCAGCUGAAGGGACCACAUUUAGUGGUGGUUCCUUCUUCUACGUUGGAGAAUUGGUUGAGAGAGUUUAACAAGUUCUGUCCUGAUAUAAUUGUGCAAGCGUAUUAUGGGAGCCAAGCGGAAAGAGAAGAGUUGAGAUACGAAUUGAGGCAAGCAAAGUUCGACGUGUUGGUGACCACCUACAAUUUGGCGUCUGGAUCCCCGAUUGACUUCAAAUUUUUAAGAAACCAAGAGUUCGAUAUGGUUGUGUAUGAUGAAGGACAUAUGUUGAAGAACUCCAAUUCCGAGAGGUACAACAAGUUGAUGAGAAUGACUGCCAAGUUCAGAUUGUUAUUGACUGGUACUCCGUUGCAGAAUAAUUUGAAAGAGUUGGUGUCGUUAUUGGCAUUUAUGCUUCCUCAUUUGUUUUCGGAGAAGAAGGAGGAUUUGCAAAUUAUUUUCAACCAAAAGGCAAAGACAACCGAUACUAAUGAAAACUACAAUCCUUUACUUUCUAUUCAAGCUAUCUCCAAGGCUAAAACCAUGAUGACCCCGUUUGUUUUGAGACGUAAAAAGGCUCAGGUAUUGAAACACUUGCCCGAGAAGAUCAAUAAAGUCGAGUAUUGUGAAUUGACCAAGGAGCAACAGGAGAUCUAUGAUGACCACAUGAACAAAGGGAAAGCCAACCGAGUGGAAAGAGAAAGAAGAAAGUUGCUUACUGGUAAAGAAGCAGAAGAAGCCAAACGGAAUCCUAUUCCUUCAUCUAACAAUGUGUUGAUGUCCUUAAGGAAAGCAGCAUUGCAUCCUCUUCUAUUCAGAACCCUCUUCAAACAAGAAGACCUUAAGAAAAUGGCCACCUUGAUCACCAACGAGCCUGAAUAUGCUGAUGCCAACAGAGCGUACAUUUUGGAAGAUAUGGAGGUAAUGUCGGACUAUGAACUUGAUAACUUAUGUCACAAAUUCCCCAAGACUUUGGGAAAGUACACGUUGCCCAAGGAUGCAUAUUUGAAUAGCGGUAAGAUAAGUAUACUUCAGAAGGCUAUUGAAGACACCAUUGCCAGAGGAGAAAAGAUCCUUGUGUUUUCACUCUUCACCCAAAUUUUAGAUAUCUUGGAAAGAGUAUUAUCGUUUAUCAACGUCAAGUUCUUGCGACUCGAUGGACAAACAAACGUUGAGAACAGACAAGACUUGAUUGAUACGUUCUACGAAGAUAAGACGAUACCCGUGUUCUUGUUGAGUACAAGAGCUGGAGGAUUUGGGAUCAACCUUGUGGCUGCGAAUAAUGUACUUAUCUUUGACCAGUCGUACAACCCACACGAUGACAAGCAGGCCGAAGACCGUGCCCAUCGGGUCGGACAGACCAAGGAGGUGGUUGUGACGAGGCUUAUUGCUUCUAAUACUAUUGAAGAGAACAUUUUGCAGUUGGCCCAAAACAAGUUGCAACUUGACCAGUCGAUCUCGACCGAAACCAACGACAAAGUGGUGGAGGAAAAGGCUGCGAGCUUGUUUGAGAAACUCUUAUUCGGGGCGUAGACCCAGUAACGUUAUAGACAAAUAGUUGAAUACACACACAUGAUUCAUCAGGUAGUGCGUGGUCAGCAGUGGCAUAUUUUGUCAGCAGAUUGCGAAACGAAAAACAACCAAUAGUUGUUGCUCCAUCACCAUGUUUUUAGCAAGACACUUGAGACCCAUAAAGCCCAGAGGCAUAGCAUCGCUAUAUCGAAACCUCUUUAUCCAGACAAUGGAAACCCCCAACGAGCACGCAUUAAAGUUUCUUCCUUCAAUGAAGAUCUUGAACGAGAACGAAACCAAAGAGUUUUUAAGUGGCAGAGAAGCGUCCGUGAGUCCACUAGCAGUGAAGCUCUUUAGCGUGGACGGAGUCAAGUCGAUUAUGUUCGGAUCGGACUUUAUUACCAUCGAGAAGCACAACAAUGAUUUGCACUGGGCGCUUUUAAAGCCUGAGAUAUUCUCGAUAUUAACAGAAUACUUGACCAAUGGAACCCCGAUUUUAAAUGAAGGUACCACGUUAAGCCCGGACAUGGAAAUCAAUGAGGAGGACGAUGAGGUGGUGUCGAUGAUCAAGGAGUUGAUUUUCACGCGGAUCCGUCCUGCCAUCCAGGAUGAUGGAGGAGAUAUUGAGUUUGUCAGCUUCGAUGAGGAAGACGGAAAAGUGAUGUUGAAGCUAAAGGGAGCGUGCCGGUCUUGUGACUCGUCGUCGGUGACGUUGAAGAACGGGAUCGAGAGUAUGUUGCAGUAUUAUAUUGAGGAGGUGCAGAGUGUGGAGCAGUUUGAUGAGGAGGAGGUGGAUGUAAGUAUGGAGGCGCCGGUGGUGGAGGCACCGCUUACGUUAAAGCCACGGGCCCGGGACGAGCCACCUACGUUGUAGGAUGUAUAUAGAUAAUAGGAGAAUAUGGCGGAU